AUGGACAAAAGUGCACUUUGUGUUUUGCUUUUCAUGAUUAUACAACUAGCAAUCCCUGCCAACCUCUCUGGUGUAGAUCCUACCAUUUUUUGUUCACCUACUGCCAGAAACUACACUCCUAAGAGCCAAUUUGAGAAUAAUCUGAAGCAGCUAUUUGAGUCAUUGUCUUCAAACACUUCAAUCUCUGGCGGUUUCUACAACACCACUAUUGGAAAUAACACUGACAGAGUCUUUGGACAAGCACUUUGUAGAGGGGAUGUGAACUCUACAGUUUGUCGAAAUUGCGUCUAUGAGGCGAGCCAGGAGCUUUUCAAGAGUUGUAAUACGAAUGAUGCAAUGAUAUGGUACGAAGCAUGUCAAGUCCGCUAUUCCUUCCAGAUGUUCUUUUCAUUGAUGGUUUACGUUGGAAAUUAUCCGAAGCAGGAUAGUCAGGAGAAGAGAGUGUCAAAUCCGGAUAGCUUUAGUCAUGUUUUGAUUUAUUUGAUGAAAAACUUGUCCGAUGAGGCUGCCUUUAAUCCUUCUAAGCAUAUGUUUGCAACUGGGGAAGUAAAAUUUUUAGGGAAAAAAAAUAUUUAUGGUCUGCAACAGUGCACGAGAGACAUCUCUGAAAGUAACUGCAAAACAUGUUUGGUUUCUGCUUUAGGGGAUCUUUGGGCUUGCUGCUCUUCUAGCCAAGGUGGUGCCGUUGUGGGUAGGAAUUGCAAUGUGAGGUUUGAGAUGUUCCGAUUUUUUGACGACAUGUCAAGCUCUCUGAUAAUUUACCCAUAUUUCGAAGAGCCAUGGUAA